AUGAAAUUCGAGUCUCGAUCCCCCCACAUCGCCGUGGCCCCUUCUACUGGCGCCCGCAUCCUCUGUAUCGACGACUACAACGACGGCCGCGGCGUUUUCGUGCAAGCCUACCUCGAAUGUCUACGUCUCUGGCAAGCCAACUGUUCGCCAGACCGCCGCUGGAUAUUCAACGACGUCUCAUCCGCGGGACUCUAUCUCGCCACCGACUUCAGCAAAAACCAUCGUUCUCUCUUCCGAAAUGAGCUCCGCAGACCCAAGCAAGAAGAUCGAAGCAACAAUUCUCUCCACGCAUUCCAACAAUCCAAAGCAUGUGAUAGUUCCGAAAAACGCGCCAUCUUAGCGCGCGUGGGAACGAGAGAGAUGAGGGGAAUUAAUCGCGAGGAUUUCGGGACCAAGGAUAUGAUUAUUUGUUUUGAUCAUGGGGAUAUGGAGAUCUUGGCUUCGUUGCGCGAUGAAGCAGAGCGGGAAACACGCGAGUCCCAGAAAGCGAAGAUCCAUUAUAUACCGCUUGGCAAGGGAUGGGAAUGUGAUUUAGAUGCUUUUGCGUGGGCAAGAAAAAAUGUUCGACAGUGGGCGACUAAGUACUUGAGAUUUAGAGAGCCAGCUGAGUUGAUCAGGAAUGGGAGUUGGAGGACGAUGCAGGUGGUGAUUAAUGAGUAUGAGUGGAUAGCUUUGGUGAAAGACCACGAGAGGAGAUUGAGGAAGAUUGGAGAGAGAACAAAAUGUGCUUUUCAUUUUGGUAGAAGUGAUUAUGGGAAGGUGGUUAGUGUUACUGGGGGGAGAAGAGAGAUUGAAGUUGCGGCAAGGAUGAUUUUGGAGAGCUUCUAA